AUGGCAGCAGGUCUCAAGCACUUUGACGCGUACUCGGUCGAGACAAACCGCGUGGCAUUCAACGGGAACAUCUCCACCUUUGACCUCUGGGACACCGAGACUGCUGUGCGAUUUGCAACCGUGGUCAACGCGAACAAGCACGCGCGCGACCCUGUCGACCCUGUCGUGAAGACGCUGAACGGUGGCGCGGACAUGGAGCUCGGAGAGACAUACUUCACCACAAACGGCUGCUUGGAGCAGGUUGUGCAGCACAACGGCACGACAAUCGACACGGUGAACAACACCGUGCGGCGGGUCCUCAAAGAUAGCUUCAUCAUGGGCCAAUGGUAUGCAUCGAUGAGUGCACGGCCUGUGGACCCAAGCCUCCCCUCCAGUCACGGCCGCUGCAUCAGCGAGUGUCCCGACAACGGCGAGUAUGAGCUCAGCAACACGUGUUCUGAAUGCCAUACAACACGUGUGCUGAAUGCCACUCCACCAGACGCCAUCAACUGCCUCCUCUGCGACGGCAACCUCAUCAGUCGCGCAUUGCCCACUGCCCUCUCGACUACUACGCCAAGGACCACCGCUGCGUGCCAUGCACCACGUGUGGCAUGGGCACCUGGGCCUCCACCCCAUGUUCCGCAUCCUCCGACGCCGGCUGCUCUCCCUGGACCGAGUGCAAGCCAGGAUUAG